AUGGCGUCGGGCGCCGCGCUGCGGAAGGUGCUGCUCAGCGACAGCCUGGACCCGUCGUGCCCGCGGCUGCUGCGCGAGGCCGGCGUCGGCGUGGCGGAGAAGGCCGGGCUCAGCCCCGAGGAGCUGCUGGCCGAGAUCCGGGUGAGCCCCGCCAGAGGCGAGCGCGGCGCCCUUGCCGCUGCCCCCCCCCCCGGGCAGGGGCGCCUUGGCCCCGCUCCUGCAGGGCGCGCGGCGGAGGGAGGUCCGAGGGCAGCCCCGGGAAGCAGAGCCCCCAGGCGGCAGCCCGGAGCAUCUCCGGAGCUGGAAGGGGCAAGGCAGGGCGCCUGCUCGGAGGAGAGAAGGGCGACAAGGGGCUUGGAAAGAAGUUUAUCACGUUAGCAUCUCAGGGUUGCCCCUCCUUUUGCAGGACACGUCCUCCUUUUCAUGGGUAUGUAAAAUGAGAAUCCUCCUAGUGAUCCAUAGUUAAAAGCAGAAGUCGGCAAAUGUGUCCUCUUUUUUGCUCUUCAAAAUAUGGCAAACCUGUAUUGGAAGAAAGCAAGGUUCUGCAGUGACCCACAUGCCGUCAAGGCACUUUGAUAACUCUGAAAAUGGUUGGGUUUUUUUAGUUCCUCUUCCAAGCCUGAGACAGGCAGCAUCAGACCCUAAGAAUGCCUUGCUCCUUCAUUAGCUGGGCAAGGCAGAACAAGCGCUGGCAACCCCAGGAAAUGGAAGAGUUGGCAUUGAUCCAUCUCUUCUUCAACAUUCCUGGUGUCGCCCGCUUUCCUCCUGGCUGAGCUACUCACACACUUGCUACAACUCUCCAGUCCGGUAUAGCUUAGAGCACCAGCUCACUCAGACACGGGAGAAGAGACCUUUAGAAUGGGGAAAGCGAUGGAAAGACGAGAAAACUUCAAUAGGGAACGGGACAAAUACAGACUACACUUAAAAGAGCUCUUUGGCAAGCUUUUAGUAACUCUUGCAACAUUACAAAGACUUUGGAUAUUUUGGAGGACCAUAAUGUGGAAAAAGUAUAAUGUGCAGUUGAUUUAGAUAUACAGUGGUACCUCGGGUUACAUACGCUUCAGGUUACAGACUCCGGUAACCCAGAAAUAGUACCUUGGGUUAAGAACUUUGCUUCAGGAUGAGAACAGAAAUCAUGCUCUGGCAGCGUGGCAGCAGCAGGAGGCCCCAUUAGCUAAAGUGGUGCUUCAGGUUGAGAACAGUUUCAGGUUAAGAACGGACCUCCAGAACGAAUUAAGUUCUUAACGCGAGGUACCACUGUACAGUCAUACCUCAUGUUGUGUCCUGGUUACGUGUUUUCGUGUUGCGUCCCACGACAACCCGGAAGUACAGAAAUGGGUUACUUCCAGGUUUUGCUGCUUGCGCAUGCACAGAAGUGCUAAAUGGUGCCGUGCGUGUGCGCAGAUGGUGGCGCUUCGGCUUGCGUCAGUUCCAUGUUAUGGGCAGGCCUCCAGAACGGAUCCCAUCCAUAACACGAGGUUCAGCUGUAUAAAGGAUCCACGGAGGGGAGGAGGGGAGUCCUAAGAUUUGGAAGAAUCUUGUUUUAUUUUAAAAUUUAAAUGUGGUAAAUGUGAGUUUAUUUUGUAAAAUCAAUAAAAAUGAUUUCAAAAAAAGAAAAGAAAAAGCAGAGACAUUUUGAUAUCGAACAGUUAAAACUUGGUGUGUGAAGUUUUUGACAUCAUGGAUAAAAUACAAAACAACUCUAAAGUAAAAAUUGUAAUUGUUCGGGUAGUUUAUCCAAGCACAUGCACACAACUCUUCAGACAUGCUGAAAUUAGGAUGCUUGCAUUUUUCAUUGCCUUCAUUUUCUUUUCCUAUUUUGAAACCAGAUCUCAACCAAUUUAGAGCAAGUGAAAGUAUGCAGGGGGGACUCAUUCAGGAAGCCCCCUUCCUUGGGGAGCUCACCUUCAUUUCCGUGGGACUGGAGGAGAACAUCACAUAGGGUUGCACCCCUUGUUCCUUAUAUUUCACUGUUGCCCUACCACAGAUGGGCAAAAGUGUUUUCAGGUUGAUCGCUUCUCUGCCUUUUCCUCUUUCAUGGUCCUUAGCUUUAUUUAUAGACAAUCUCCCAUUCCCAUUUCUCACAGGGAGGGGCUUUGUGGGAGAACCACUGGAAAAUAUUCCACCAUGGAAAACUGCUGUUUUGUUAAAAUGUGGUUGGCUGGCGCUAAAGAAAUGCUGCCUCUCCCAGUUUUUUGUGCUUGUUUAGAACAGCCGAAGGUGCAGAAUAUCUGCUUGGUUUAGCCUCAGUUCUUGUGGAACGGGAAUGAAACUUGCCUCCACCUGUCUGAUUUUACAGCACACCUCAGAAUUUGAAAGACUAAUAGCAGAGAAUUUGAUUAACCUUCCUCUUGAUGUGUCAGCGUUCAGCACUCUCUGCCUUGAACCACAUUGGCUGAAAACACGUUCCUCAUCCCUAUUCCAGCUUUUUCUGGUGAGGAGGGUGACAAUGUUCUUCUUUGCAACAUAAAUUGCAAAAGCCAAACAACAGUGCAUUUGUACAUGUGUGUGUCUGCACACUGUCUAUACUCCAUGCCACUGAAAGCCAUCCCAGCUGAAUGGCGAGAUUCUGCCCUUGUGGAAUGGGCAGCCUUAUGUGGCACUAUUGUGUCCAUCCUUUGUGGCUGAAAGUAGCUCCCAGAUGGUCUUGUGAGUGAACUUGACGAUCUGUCAAGGGGCCCAAGGGAGGAGGCUUUUUCCUUGGGUUCAGAGGGUUAAAGCCUCUCAAAAUCAAAGCCAGCACCCUGAAUUGUUUGAGCCAGGCUGAGGACACAGACCCUGGUUCAAUGGACUCUUGGCUGAGCCCUGUGGAUAGGCAGCCAGUUGCUGAAGUAUCUGGGCAGCCAUCAGAGGCCAGUCAUCCCAUGCAGCCUGCGUGACAGUCAUUGCAGUGCACCUGGAGUUUGCAUUUUGGGUUUCUCUGGCCAUAUUUUGGCUGCACUUUUGACUUUCUGCCUUAGCUCGGCUGCAUUUGGGGACAGGUGCUGGGUUACCCGCUUGGCAUGGAGCCCUCAAAGCCAGGCCUCACCUGUUCAUGGUAGAACAGCUUCUUCCCCCAGGUCGACUGCAGGAGAGAGAUCCCAGAACUGGAAGCUGAUGGCCUGCUACUGUUACCUAAAGGUGGGACUUCUUUGGGAGAUUUUGUGCCCAUGGUGCCAUAGUGCCCAACUUGACUUUUGCUGACUCUUUGCUCAUAGCGCAACCCUGGUAACACUUCUGUGCGUCUCUUCCCAUUCUCUCUCUCACAAGGGGCUAUGUGGCUGGAGACUGAGCUGAGGAACUGCUGGCAUAUUAUAUCCACAGAUAUACCUAUCAAGAGCCAUUAUUUACCUCAGUUCUGCACCUAGCGUGGUCUAAUCCUGCCUCCCUUGGCCUUCAGACAUUUCAGAGUCAAACCCCUAGAUAAUAGUCCCACCCUAGUAGCUACGUUUGCAUAAAUUAAAGCAUGGCAUUCAAAUUUCUGAAUUUGCAUACCGUAAUACGUCAUUCAUGCACCUUAGAGAAUUUGGCUAUUGGUGCAAAAUAUUUGUUGCCUUGGCCAAUGGUUUCAAUUUUUUAAGCCCUGUUCCUCCGCCAGCCUCUCUGCUGGCUUCCGGUUCUCUAGGCAGCCCUUUGCUCACUCCUGCUGUGAUUUCUUUAGGACUGCGAUGGGCUCAUUGUGCGAUCUGCCACCAAAGUGACUGCAGAGGUCAUCAAUGCUGCUGAGAAGCUGCAGGUCAUUGGUAGAGCCGGGACUGGCGUGGACAAUGUGGAUGUCGAUGCCGCUACGAGGAAAGGAAUCCUGGUCAUGAAGUAAGCCGCUUCUCACAUGGGCUCAGGGGGUGUCACAAGAUCAGAGGAAGCCUGGCAGGAAGGGUGUCCAAAGAAGGCGGAGGCCAACAAUCUAUUAGUUCAAGACUCCCCAAGGUAUCCCCCCCACAUAGUCACACACGCACAAUGUAGUUCAUAGAAUCGUAAAUUUGUAGGGUUCGAAGGGUCAUCUAGUCCAACUCUCUGCAAUGCGGGAAUCUCACGAAGCAGCCUGUGACGCUCCAAGGAAGGGGAGUCCACCGCCUCCUGAGGGAGUCUGUUCCACUGUUGAACUAAUAAUAAUAAUAAUAAUAAUUAAUAAUAAUACUUAUACCUCACCCCUAUGACUGGGUUGCCCCAGCUAGUCUAGAUAGCUUCCAUCAUCAUAUAAAAAACACAGUGAAACGUCAAACAUUAAAAACUUCCCAAUACAGGGCUGCCUUCAGAUGUCUUCGGAAAGUCAUAUAAUUGUUCAUCUCUGACAUCUGAUAGAAGGGUGCUCCACAGAUCAGGCACCACUGCCAAGGAGUACCAGAAAACAAGCUUUUUUAAUCUUCCAUGUGACAGCCCUUUAGAUAUUUGGAGACUGCUAUCCUGUGUCCUCUUAGUCUCCUCCAGGCUAAACAGACCCACCUCCCUCAAGCGUUCCUCAUAUGGCUUGGUUUCCAGUCCCUUGAUCAUCUUGGUUGCCCUCUUCUGCAAACAUUCCAGCUUGUUUUGGAGCUGGGCUCUCUGCCAAAACAUUCAGUCCCAGGGACAGGGAUUUUCCCCUGUGGUUGAGCUGUGCUCCCUAGUGCCAUGUAACUUUGAGUGAUCCUUGGCAUAGCAAGGGGGGAGGGCGAGCUGUACUUGUCUCCCUUAACCACAGUUAACACUAAUCAUAUUUCUCAGUUCAGCUAUAUUGGGUAAUUGCAAUUUACUGAAAAUUAAAGCAACAGCUUCUUCCUCCUAACUGCACCACAGGAGGAGAGGGAGCAAAGUAUUAUUCUGCCUGUGAGGAAUAUUUCAGGUGAUAACACAUCAUGCUCAUUAGGGGGAUUUAGAUGCAUUGCUAGCUUUGCCCAAAUUUGUACAAGCAGAACUUGGGAGGAAAGUUGUCUCAUGUGUCCACAGGGAGUGGGGUGUGUGUGCUCAGACAUGGAGCUUUUGAGCACUGACCUGUGCCUUGGUGGGCAGGUGUGGGUGAGCCCUAAAGGUCUACACAAGAGGGAUGCCAGGGAGUAUUUGCUGUCUCUGAAGAACAACAGGCACAGAGUUCACAGCUCUCAUUGUGGAAGAGUUGGGGGGCCUUGGAGCUUUUUGCCAGGGGCUCCACCCAACUUCCUCUGCUUUUGUUUUGCUCCUCAGCACACCGACUGGCAACAGCCUCAGUGCGGCCGAGCUGACGUGUGGCAUGGUCAUGAGCCUGGCAAGGUAGGUGAUGGGGCUCUGGGAAGAGAACAAGGCCUUCCAGAAGCACCGGCUGCACCGCACUGCAUCUCUUUGGGCUUGAGAAGAACCUGUAGCUCUCCCCAACGACAUGUUUCACAUGGAGCUGCACACUAUCUGGGCAGACAUACUCCAUAGAACUAGGGCAGCCCCCUUCUUGUCACAGAAAAGCAGCUUUGGAGGGGUGCCUCACCCUUCCCUCCUGUUAUUUUUCUGCUGAAACCCAUCUCUUCAAGCUACACGUUCCCAUGCAGAAAAGGGCCCUCGCAUACACAUCUGAAACCCUGUUUGGGAAAGGGGAUGUUUUUGGGAGGUGGAUUCUAGAAGAAUAGGGAAAGGGUGAAGCCAUUACCUGCCACUGUUCUACUCCAAAUGUCCUCCUCCUGCAGUUCCUUUGCCUCAUGGGAAGUAGCUGUUACAUUUUGUAACACAAACAAAACACAAACACACUUGUGAAAAUUUCCACAGCUGUGUCUCUUUUGGACACAGGCCAUUCCUACCUUUGGGAAAAUGAGCUUCCCCCACAACCAAAACAAUCUUAAAUCUUCCGCACCAACAUGUCCAAGAGAAGAAGACAUGCAGAUGGCUCCUCUGCUGUGGCUUGCGCCCUUGUUGGAACCUGCUAAACUGGAGUCUUUCAUUUCAGGCAAAUCCCACAAGCUGCAGCUUCAAUGAAGGAAGGGAAAUGGGAUCGAAAGAAGGUAGGAGGCUGGGUUGGGGUCUCCAUCUCCCGCUGCGCAGGCAAGGCCUGCCAUCUUCUCACACGGAGGUGUGCUUUUUGCCUUAGUUCAUGGGGAUGGAGCUUCAGGGGAAGACACUGGGCAUUCUUGGCCUAGGCAGGAUCGGACGAGAAGUGGCUGUCCGGAUGCAGUCCUUUGGCAUGAAGGUAAGAAUGCCCUUACAGAGGGGGACCACUUGUGGUCUGGAGGAGGCACAUCCUGCAGCCCUGAUCUGUUGCCUUCUCAAGAGGCCCUGUGCCUCUCUUCCAUGCUGGGGGUGUUGAGAUGGGGUGGGGAAUCUCAGCGACCUUAAAGAGCUCUCGGUCUCUCUCCGCCUUGGCCUUCAGACCAUAGGCUAUGACCCCAUCAUCACUCCCGAGGAAUCUGCUGUUUUUGGAGUUGAGCAGCUGCCUUUGGAACAAGUCUGGCCGCUGUGUGAUUUCAUCACCGUCCACACCCCUCUGCUGCCUUCCACCACAGGUAAGGGGUGCUCCUGGGGACUGCCAGAGGUGAUCCUGCAGGGUCCUGGGCUGCUUGUGUGCCUGCAGAGUGCUCCACUGGGAAGCUGCCUGGUUCCACCACGAAUGGGGCAGCAGGGCUGUGUGUGGGGACUGAGGAGCCCCCACAACUUGCUUGGGCGUGGGAAGUUGGCUGAAGCAGCAGAGGCAGCCCAGCCUUUGCACGGGGGGAGUGCAGAAGGUGGAUCAUGGAUGUGAGGGAGGAAGGGUGAUGCCAGAAAGAAAAGUCCGUGGAUCGCCUCAAGCGGGAGACAUACAGCUGGUACAGAAAGGCAGCAGGGGAAAGCUGUAUUGUUGCUGCCAUACUAAUAACGAUGUUUGCCUGAUGGCUUGUUUUUCAUAAUUCUGUUUCUGUUACUCAUGCAGAGGAGCAAAGAGUUAAUAUGCAGGAAAGCGUCAGAAACUUCUCCUGGCACUCUAUGCAUUUUUCAAAUUUUUCAACUUUAGGAUUAGAAAACUGCUUCCUUCUUUAAGAAACUGAAAGCUUGAUUUCCAGGGUGGCACCCAUCUACAUUUGGGGGUGUGGUAAUCAUAGACGUGCAGCCCCAAAGCCCCCCAGGGGAUGGUGGGCUCGCUUUGCCGCCCCCCUCCUCAGGAAAGCCGGCUGCGGCUGGAGUGGCGUGGGAGCUGUUGCCACCUGUGUUUUGACAGCUGCCUCCUUUCCAGGGCUCCUGAAUGACGCCACCUUUGCUCGGUGCCGGCGUGGGGUCCAGGUGAUCAAUUGCGCCCGAGGAGGCAUUGUGGAUGAGGGUGCCCUUUUGCGGGCCCUGCAGUCUGGCCAGUGUGGGGGAGCAGCCCUAGAUGUCUUCACGGAGGUGAGGUGCUUGGGCAUUGGAUUUCAUUCCCUGGCUUUCCUUGGGGUGCCACCAGGAUCUCUUUCAAUGCCUCAGGCUGCACACGAGCCCUUCUUGCUUUUGUGUGGUUGUUGGAAUGCCAGCAUGUGACUAGAGGGUCUCAUCCAGUGCCUUGCCUUAGAGCAGACAGCCCUUCUGCUCCCCUGGCACAGAUCAGCCGCACCAAAGAGGCUCGUGGAGGAAAUGCUGCUGGGGAGGGAAGCCUUUGGAGUGAGCGCCUGAGCCUUGCCAGGACUUUGCUGAAUGUGGAAGCAUGAAAGGGCUCCAGGACUCCUCCCCUGGUUCCCAGAGAAGAUGGCUAUCUUUGCAGCCUUGGGCUUGAGGGUGUGAGAACAGAAGAGCGUGGCUGCUGGAUCAGGCCUGGGGCUCAUCUUGCCCAGCAUCCUGUUCUCACAGGGGCCAACCAUAUGACUGUGGGAAGCCAGCCAGCAGAACAGGAGCGCAAGAGCCUUCUCCGCUCCCGUGGUUGCCAGCCGUUGGCCUUCAGAAGCAUGGCUGCCCCGUGGCUGGUAGCCCUUGAGAGCUACUCUCCUCCAGGAAUUUGCCUCGUCCUCUUCCAAAGUCCUCCAUGUUGGGGGCCACCACUGUCUCCUGUGGGAGCGAUUGCCGUAGUUUAACUCUGCGCUGUGUGAAGGACUUCCUUUUGUCUGUCCUGAAUCUCCCAACAUUGCCCUUCACUGGCCGUCCGCGAGAGAUCAGCUUGGACAAGGUAGCCGUACAAAAUGCUUUGUGGCUACAAGGCAGGCCUUAGCAACUGACUCGGCUCUUCUUCUUCCCCCUCCAGGAGCCACCCACGGACAAGGCCUUGGUAAACCACCCCAAUGUCAUCUGCUGCCCCCACUUGGGUGCCAGCACCAGAGAAGCUCAGAGUCGCUGUGGCAGGGAGAUUGCAGUGCAAAUAGUGGACUGGGCCCAGGGCAGGGCACUGGUUGGCGCCGUGAGUCCUUCUCUUCAGUUGUUCUUCUUGUUUUUCAAUUUAUAAAAUUAAUCUUAAUAUUGGUUUUUAGUUUAAAUCUGUGGUUUAUUUUGGGUUUUUUUGUUCUUUUUUGUUUUGUUUUGUUUUGUUUUCUAAAAUUUGAGCUUUUUAGCAAUUUAAGAUGCAAAAUAGCUGUUCUGCAAAGCAUGAGCAUGUUGGUUUUCUCAAUGCUUGUUUAAAGACAAGCUUGCUAGAUAAAGCAAAAUAUUCUGCAGUGCAACUCGGCAGACUUGUGUCACGUGGCAGUCUGGCUCAACUUCUUUGCAAAGCAAGUGUCACGCUUUGAUCCAGCAAGCUCAGCAUUUGCACUCUUCAACUGCCAAUAUCACUGUUUAGCAAAUGAUAGCAACAGUAGAACUGAGCCCAGGCAAGGUCUUUGGAUGGAUGCCUGGGUAGGUUUGCAGGAAGGCAGAAGGAGAAGCACUGCCCUUCAUUAAAAGUGUUGUCAUUGGGGCUUGGAUCCCAGGCAGUACAAGCAGGAGAAAUGGAGCAGAGGUUUUUUCUUUCCCUCAGGUCAAUGGCCAAGCUCUCCACAGUGCAUAUGCACCUCAUACCAAACCAUGGAUUGCCCUGGCCAGGGCCCUAGGGACUGUGCUGCAGGCACUGAGCCACCCAGUGAAUGGAGACGUUCAGGUUGUCACUCACGGUGAGAGGAAAGAUCCAGGAGCAGCACUGGGCUGGAGAUCCUGUCGGGUUUUAUUUUUCAAAUGCCUAAGUCUAUUUACCCCUCUGCUUUUGCUCUCUCACCUCUCCUUAGUGCAGGGUUCUGUGUUCUUGUGCUUUAAAACCCCUUCUUCAUUCUGUGUGAAAAACAGUUGAAUUUUGCAACCCAUAUCAAUGAGUUUUUGCCACUCAUGAACCAUUUACAUUUAAGGCAAUUGCUGCAACCAUGAUGAGUGCAAGCUUGUUUUUCUAUAUGUAGGAACAUCCAAGGUUCUCAGGGAGCUGAAUCCUGUAUCGGGUCCUCCUUUACGUGCUGGUGCAGAAGACACAGAGCCCUGCUUAUUUAGCUACCACAAGGCUGGGGAAACCUCGCUGUGGUUGGACUCCCAACUCCACACCAACGCAGCCCGCGGCCAGCACGGGUCCUGGGAGCUGUAGGCCCAGCCUUGGGGGGGGGCUCAGGUCCCCCCCCACAUGCUCUAUCAGUUGUUCUGCAGCCCUCUUGAAAGCUGCUCCUUUGUCUCCUCCUCUGGCCUUUCUGCCGCCUCGCCAUGCUGCUUCGUCCUCCUGCAACUUGCCUAUCGCAGGCCCAGCGCUCUGCCCUGCUGCUUUGGGUGUGUGCUUGCUCUUCUCCCUCCUCCCUGCUCUUCUGCCAAGUCCACAAGGUCUUGGUGGGGAGAGGCCUGCCCCUAACUCCCUGCGUCCCCCUCUGCUCUUGCUGCUAAGGAAACAUGAGCAGUCUGUCAUGGGUGGUACUAAUGAACACACAGAAGAGAUGAGAAUGUGGUCCGUUGCUGCAGUGUUGCAGUUGAGGAGAAGCAAUGGGAUCUUGAUGUGUUGCUGCAGCUGCAGUGAGGCUUGUGGGCUUGUUUACCGGCCCUGAUGCUGUCCCUUUAACAGCAGCCUGAUGGCUGAGCAAGUGAACCUUUCCUGCUGCUAUUUAAGGUGCCAGUAUGGGGCCUGUGUAAAGGGAAAGGGGUGGGGGGCUGUUAGCCCACCCGGCAGCUUUUGUCUCACGAUUCCCACUGGAGGGGAGCUAGUGAGAGGCUUGCACAUGAGGAGGCAGCAGCCCCAGUGUUGCUUUUCACAGAUACCGCCAAGAAGCAAGUCAGGCCCCAGGGUCCUGCUGAUUGGGGUGUCUGGUUCUGGCACAGCCCUUGAUCAGAUGGUCUGGUCUCUUCAUUGACUCGUCUUCUGGUUGCAGGGUGAGGACAGGACAGGAAACACGCAGGACACUUUUAAAAUUAAUUGACCAUGCCUGUCACACUCACUAGGCACAACCUUGCAGAAGGCGGGCAGCUACCUGAGCCCUGCCGUGGCCAUCGGCCUCCUUAAGGAAACUGUGCAGAAGGACGCGAACCUUGUCAAUGGGCUUCUCCUGGCACAGGAAUCUGGGCUGAAGGUACGUCUGGUGCCCUCCGCUGACAGGUCCCUAGGGCGGCUCCUUGGGGAGCCUUGACGUAGCAGUGGGGUCUUUGAGCCUUUCCUUUGGUCUGCUCAGGAGAGGGUGGCGUCUCCCCCCCCCCCCGACAUGGUUUUUAUCUUUGCAGCUGCAAAACAGUCAGAAACUCAACUGGUGCAGCUUCCUCAGCACAGAUAUGUGGCUCAGUUUCACAUACUGAAUUUCUGCCCAUUGAGCAGAUUUUACACUUGCUGUUCCCUGCCUCUCUCUCUUGCUCCAUGAUGGGCAAGAGCUGAGCUCGCCUGAAGUUCCCCAAAGAGGGAAUCUGGAAGCAGAUCUCCUCUGCAAUGAACAGGCUCUGCAUCUCUUUUGCCAUUUCCCCCCUGCAGAUCACCACAAGCCACAGUGGCAGAGCCCUGGGUAGUGACGAGGCCCUGCUGCAACUCUCUGCACAAGAGUCACCCUAUGUGUUAGUUGGGUCUGUGGAAGGCAGCACUCCUGUCCUGCAUGAACUCAGCGGAGCCGUCUUCAAACAGCAUGUUCCCCUCUCCGGCACUCUGCUGUUCUACAGAGCCAAGACCUCUGAUGCCAGCCUGUUGCCAACCGUCCUUGGUAAGGAGAGGCCUCCUCUUCCCUUUCAGAGCUCCCUAAUCUAACAAUUGGCACGGGGAAACCCUUGUCUCUUGACAGUGCAUCCUUCACUCUCCGGGGCCGUGUAACAGAAGAGGGCUUUGCUGGGACGGAGCUUGUCAGGCCUGGAAUUGCUCAGGGGCUGUUGCUCCAACCCUGUGCGCCCCAAGACGAGAAGGGCAUGUGCCAAUGCUUGAGGGUCCUAACACCCCACAGAUGAGGAAGGAUUGGGGUGGAAAGGAGGAGGAAGGGAUCCUGGGUGGGAUGAACAGGAAAUGGGAAACCUCUGGGGUUGGGUGAAGACACCAACAAGGAAAACCUCAAGGGUGGGGAACAGAUGCAGGGAAGGGCAGGUGCAGAGAGCAGCUGUAGACAGGUAAGGGAAGAAAUGGUCUCUCUUUCCCAGGGAGAGGUUUGUGCCGCCCUCAGGCUUCCUCAGGAAGAUGGCCACACCUGGGCACUCCUUAAGGGGCGCAAAACUUCUCUUACCCAGCAUACGGCCAUGACUGUGUCCCAUUAUCUGCAGCCCCAAUGUUUUGUUAGAUCUUAUUCCUCCCCCAAUAGAAGCCAUUUUAGCCAAAUAGAGCAGUCUGAUCUCACUAUAUUUGUCUCCUAGGAUGCAUGGACUCAGUGUUGUUUUGUUUGCAGGACUGCUGGGGAAGGCAGAGCUGUUGUCCUACCACCGUUCCGGCACCGUGGCUGGGCAGGCGUGGAACGUCCUGAGUGUGUCCUCUGCCCUACAAAACCUCCAGGAGCUGAAGCGACACGUGACAGAAGCUGUUCAGGUUGCCCUUUAA